AUCUGAGUUUAGGAAGAUCUGGAAAACUCAGACUGGAGUAAAAGAACGGGAACUUGCAACAGAGUAACUGGAAUUAAUGGAAAUGCUCAAUAGUUCGCUCUGUUCUUGGACAUAUUUGAAAACGGAUAUAUUUGGUUACAGAUACUUCUGACAAAUCGAACGUACUACAAAGGACCAUCGUUUUGGAGGAUUACAUUUAAAGGAUUUAAAUUAUGAUUGACACCUUUUUUUUCUUAUGUCUUAUCACAGUAUCAGGUGCAGUUAUGGAUCUAACCCUGAUCUCAAAUGCGGACGCUGCCUCCCCUUCCGAAUUCUUCCUCUCCUGCAUCUCGGGGGAGCGCGAUUCCAGCAAACUCGACCUUCGCAUCCAGAAAGACAACAGUAUCAUCCGUCUUGCCUCCCCGCCGCGCUUCAAAGUGCACAGGCUAAGAACCCAAGAGGCUAGAGCAAUAAACUUAGUCAAUCUUGACAAUCUGGGCAUUUUUAACUGCCAUGCAGUUCAGGGCUCAGCGUUACUCACGACAGUGACGCUAAUCAACAAUGGGAGAGGUCAUCUAAUACCAAAGCAGCUCUCAGUAACGGCCAACAGAGGAGAAACUGUGCAGCUGGCAAUGGAUAUUGUGGAGUCCCGAAAGACAGAUGUCAUAUGGAAAUAUAAUGGAAACUACUACUCUACUACUCACUGGGGCGAGUUUACCAAUAACACAGCGGUGAUGACUGUACAUAAUCUAGUGCAGAAUCAAGCAGGGUUCUACAGUGGCUGUUAUAUGGGAGACAGUCCUCUCUAUGGUGCCUGGAUGAGGCUCAUUGUUCGAGCUUGCCCAGAUAAGAAAUGGGGAUCAGACUGUGACCAGGACUGUCCUGAGUGCCACAAUGGUGGUGUGUGUCAUGACAAGGAAGGGGACUGCAUCUGCCCACCUGGCUUCAUGGGAAUGCGCUGUGAGACAGCCUGUCGGGAGGGAAUGUUCGGGCGGAACUGCCAGGAAUCAUGCCAGUCUAAAAUGAAUUGCAGCGGCCUAAACUUCUGCCUCCCUGACCCCUAUGGCUGCUCCUGUGCUAGUGGGUGGCAUGGGCCCCGCUGCAACCUAUCCUGUGACAAGGACAUGUUUGGAGCUGGUUGCAAGCUGAGUUGCAGGUGCAAGAAUGGGGGCGUCUGCAACCGUUUCAGUGGCUGCCAGUGCCCCACAGGCUGGCGUGGGCAGAACUGUGAGAAAUCGGAUCGUGCACCCCAGAUCCUAGACAUGGCAAGCACCCUAGAGUGGAAUCGGAACUCCACGGCCAAGAUAUUGUGCUCUGCCACAGGCAACCCACUCCCAAGCCACACCAGUAUUGAGCUGCGCAAACUGGACAGCACCGUUCUCAAGGCAUCUCGGACAACCAUGGAUUCCAACAAGAGCACAGCCCAGUUCGAGAUCACGCAUCUGUCCGUUGAGCAUGGUGGUUUGUGGGAAUGCAGAGUCUCCACCAAUGGGGGGCAGGACACACGUAAAUUCAACCUGACUGUCAAAGAGCCUCCCUGUCCCACGACUCCUCCCGAACUUCUGGAGAAGAGAAGUAAGCAGCUGGUGGUUAGGCCUGUGGUCACCUACAAAGGAGAUGGGCCCCUUGUCUCCACCAAGCUCCUCUACAAGCCCAUGGAAACAGUGGCCUCCUGGUCCUCCAUCAUAGUCUACAACAGCUUGGAGCCCAUCACUCUGAUGAACCUGAAACCCUCUACCAGGUACCUUGUCCAGGUCCAGCUCACUCGUCCUGGGGAAGGAGGUGAGGGGCCAGUUGGACCUGAGGCCAUCAUGAAGACUGACUGUCCUGAGCCGACGGUGAGGCCGGAGAUUGAUUUCAGCUCGCUGGAGGGUCGUAAUGCCACAGUCAGGUGGUUAUUGCCAGGGAACCCCGACAUGGCCAGUGCCUUUUUAGUGCAGCUCUACGGACCCUCUGAGGACAAGAUUUUGGAGGAGACCACCUUGCUCAAUGUGCUCUCCACCAAGUUCUACAACCUGGAAUACCACCGCGACUACCAUGUGGUCGUCAGGCUGGUCAACUGUGGCAGUCUCGGACCAGCCUCAAAACCCUACCCCAUCCGAAUCAACAGCCAGGGACCAUCCUCACCUCGUAAUGUGCAGGCUGACCCUCUGUCCAUCAGUGCUGUGCGUCUCAAGUGGCAACCCCCUGAGGACCCCAAUGGUGGCAUUGUCAAGUACAUCAUUGAGUACCAACCUGUGGGCCAGGGUAGCCUGCACCCCUGGGUCGACACCGACGAUGGCAACAAAACCACCAAGGACGUCACAGCUCUCAAUGGCAGCACUCUCUACCAAUUCCGCGUCCGUGCUUUCUCCAAAGUGCCUGGCGAGUGGAGCAAGUUUGUCCAGGCCUCGACUUCAGGCGAUGACCCGACCAGCUUCACGCCGACAACACAGGAGGCUACGGGGCGUCCAGCGAGUGAAGGGUUCCAGUUGCUGAUGGCUGUGGUGGGCUCGGUAACGGUGACCUGCUUUACCAUCCUCUUUGCACUCUUGGGGCUCUUCUGCAUUCGUAAAACCUUGCUCAACCGCCGAAGAACCUUCACCUACCAGUCCGGUUCGGGAGAGGAGACCAUCCUGCAGUUCAGUUCUGGGACCCUGACAUUGACUCGCAGACCUAAACCGCAGCCUGAGCCCCUCACGUACCCCAUACUGGAGUGGGAAGACAUCAAAUUUGAGGAUGUCAUCGGGGAGGGGAACUUUGGACAGGUUAUAAAGGCCAUGAUCAAGAAGGAUGGCAAUAAAAUGAGUGCUGCCAUAAAGAUGCUGAAGGAGUUUGCAUCAGAGAAUGACCACAGGGACUUUGCUGGUGAGCUGGAGGUACUGUGUAAACUGGGUCAGCACCCCAACAUCAUCAAUCUGAUUGGAGCCUGUGAAAACCGAGGGUACCUUUACAUUGCCAUUGAGUAUGCCCCCUUUGGGAACCUGUUGGAUUUCCUGAGGAAAAGCAGAGUCCUCGAGACUGACCCUGCCUUUGCCAAAGAGCACGGCACUGCCUCCACCCUCACCUCACAGCAGCUGCUGCAGUUUGCGGUAGAUGUGGCCACAGGAAUGCAUUACCUGAGUGACAAACAGUUCAUUCACAGGGACUUGGCUGCCAGGAAUGUUCUAGUGGGAGAGAACCUGGUUGCCAAGAUUGCUGAUUUUGGACUGUCGAGAGGGGAAGAAGUCUAUGUGAAGAAGACCAUGGGAAGGUUGCCCGUACGAUGGAUGGCUAUAGAAUCAUUAAACUAUAGUGUCUAUACCACGAAGAGUGAUGUAUGGUCUUUUGGGGUGCUUCUGUGGGAGAUUGUGAGUUUAGGUGGAACUCCAUACUGUGGGAUGACCUGUGCUGAGCUCUAUGAAAAGCUGCCUCAAGGAUACAGGAUGGAACAGCCCAGGAACUGCGAUGAUGAGGUUUAUGAGCUGAUGAGGCAAUGCUGGAGAGACCGGCCAUAUGAGAGACCCCCUUUCUCUCAAAUCUCUGUUCAGCUGAACAGGAUGCAAGAGGCCAGGAAGGCUUAUGUGAACAUGGCGCUCUUUGAAAACUUCACCUAUGCUGGAAUAGAUGCCACUGCUGAAGAGGCCUGACUACAAGCCCCCUCAGACCCUGGUAGCUUCUGUAGCCUGACCAAGUCACACAGCAACAGGAUGCCACGUUACGGCUGUCCACCUGAGGCUCAUUGGAAUAAAGACUUCCAAAAAACUGUGAAAAGACACUGAAAAGGCCUCUGGAUUGACACAGCCUAAUUGGCCUCAGCUCUCGUUUCCCUUUACACGAUUGGGACAGUCCUGAAUCAGAUGCCACUUCAACUGCAUGGAUGCCCCCCAGCUAUCGGACUAUUGUACCGGGGUGCUGUUAUUAUGUGAGUUUUUUUUUCUAACACAAAAACACACUCUGACAAUAGAAUGUGAAAAAAUAGAAAAGCCAUAGGAUUGAAUUAACAAAGAAGAAAAAUAAUGGCACUUGUAUUUAAUGUACUUUUAUGUAUAUAUUUCAGACAUUCAUCAUGAACCUGGUUAAUACUGCCAUUACUGCUCAUGUCAAUAUGUUUCUUCAUAUUUUGUAGAUAUACCUCCCUAAAUAUCUUCUUACAGACCUGUACAGACAAACUUGUGUUUGCUUGAACUUUGAAGUCAUAUAUAUCAUUCAAAUAGGCACUUUUUUCUUGAACCAGAUAUGAUCCUUGCAUAUUUUUUAGCAGUUUUAGCAAAGAGAAAAUACAUGUUGUAUAUUGUUAUAAGUUUAUAAAUAAAGCCUUGAUGACUGGACAUCUGAACCUCAGAA